AUGGUCUUUAUACCAGACGAUACGCUCAGCACCCCCGAAGAUAUGGGCCUUACGGCAUCCGUCUGGAACGGUUUCUCCUCUUUCGUGACACCGCGGAACCUCUGGCCCGCCUUUUCGUGUAUCAACCUUUCUGAACACGUCGUGAGAACUUCGGGAAACUACACGUUCCCCCGGUCGAUCAGAGUGCCUGGAGGUUGGCCACUUGAGAAGAACGAGACGCUCCCAGAGGUCAGCAACAAGGAUUCAUUUGCGAACUGGGGUCUGUUUGGCGAGAAUAUCAUUCCCUGGACGAGGCAUGAGAUUCCAGAGCUUGGACUGGAUUUGACAAAUUAUGACGGAAAGAGAAAGUGCGGCUCUGGGAAUGUUGAAUGCCCUGACACGUAUCUAUCGGCCACCUUUACGACGAAUGCUGGACGCACCAUCAAUUUUUGCAACUCGUCAGUCCUCGUUCUUGCUAUUCAGUACCUGCAGGCUGAUAAAAGCUGGAGAGAGAAUGAAACGACGUGGCAGGGGACACACGUCGAGGCACAAGAAUGCGGUCUCUACUUUUGCGUCAAUGAAUACGAAACGAGCCCUGAGCAAGGGGUUCUUAAGGAACGGGUAGUCAAUUCGUGGACGAAUAAGACUGCCAACUCUCAUAAUCCACCCAGCCCGGGAAGUCUGAUCGAAUACCGCCAGCACCUCAAUAACACUCUGGACUUGUUCCCUUACUACGACAACCUGACGGACCUCCAGCUUUUCGUCCCCGACGAGCACAACAAGGGCUUGGUGAAGGAAACCUUCAAUAUAACCCAGCCCAGCAUAGUCCUACUGUUUGACAACAUCAGACGGGGGCUACAGGAGGUCGACGACUGGGAUGCCCCGCUAUGGAAUGGCACUAGAAGCUUCAUCUACCCUUCGUUCGGUUUGAACCUGCCGCCUGGAAUGGUGUUCGGUCUGGGAGAAGCGGGGAACGUUUCUGCGAGCGUCGAAAAGGUGGCGCUGAGCUUGACGAAGUGGAUGCGUUACCGAGGGCUGACGUCGUCCCUGUCCACGGAGAGGCUACGGUGA